GAUGAGGAGGAUCAUAGAGGAAAAGGCAACAACAAGGAAUGAUUAUUGGUUUAAGUCAACUUAGCAAUUUAUGAAAGACAUUAAUUUAAAUUACUCUGACCUAAGAGCAAUUAAGAAAGAAAAAUUAAAGAAUAAGAUUAUAGACUGGGAUAGUAAGAGAUGGCAGCAGGAAGUAACAGAAAACUCAAGUUUAUCAAUAUAUAAAAAUUGGAAGACAGAAAUGUCUGAAGAGAAAAUAUACGACAAUAGACCAUCGUCACAAAUAUUAUUUAAAGCAAGAACAAAUAAUCUAAGACUAAAUGAUAGAAAUAGACACACUAACGGAGACACUAAAUGCAUCUUUUGUGACUGGAAUGUAGAGGAUUUAAUGCAUUUUCUGUUGUGGUGCCCAGGAUAUGCAGAAAUAAGAAAGAAGACAAUUUUACUGCAAAGACCAUACAUGUGAGCGAGCAAGUAUGAUGUCAUCCGUGAGGUUUGGAAGAGUGUGGCUGUCCCGAGCAUUAUGUAUGGAAUGGAUGUGAUGACAUGGAAUGACAGUGAGAUAGAAAAAUUGGAAGUGGGGCAGAAUAGGGUAGCAAGAAUGGCACUGAAUGCACCAAGGUUUGCAGCAGUAGAGGCUCUUAGGGGUGACAUGGGAUGGAGCACGUUUAGGGAAAGACUAGUAAAGGCAACCUUGAGAUAUAAAGUGAGACUGGAACAAAUGGAGGAUGCAAGAUUAGCAAGGAAAGAUAUACUUGUGGAGUAUAAGAGAUGGCAAAUGGGCGAAUAAAUGUGGGCGAAUGAUAGACAGAAAUGUUAUGCUAAGUAGGUGGGUGUACCGACCCUUUGAAGAUAGACAGAAUGUGUUUGAAUGGAGAAUAACAAACAGAAAUGGAGAGGGGUUUGAGUGGGAUGUAAGAAAGUGGAAGAAUGUGAUAGAUAUGGCAGUUAAAGAUGAGGGAUUGAGCAAGUGGAAGAAUGAGAUGGAAAGAAAGGAAACUCUUGACUGGUAUAGGGAGAAAGAGGCCCCAAAGUGGAAUGCAAGAAGUAUGACUGGGAGAGAACGAAGAUGAUGCAUGUGUUUCUGAGCGAGAUGGGACGUGGAGUAAACGGGAGGACUGGAAGGGAGUGGAUGGUGCUGCUGCUGGGGCUCAGUGGAGAGACGAGUGGACGAGUGAUUUUUUUUUUUUUUUUUUUUUUUUUACGUCUUGGCCUAUUGCGCCGGUAGGCUUCUUCCCGGUGGAUCCUGAUCGUCGGUCCAAGGCUUCUUCCCGGUGGGUCCUGAUGGUCGGCCCAGCCCGUUCUGGCGCAGGCGAGUGUUUACAAUGGCGCCAUCUUGCAUUGGCUCAUGCUGCCCUCCCGGAGCUCAUCUUUAAUCCUAGAAUCUAGAGUCUGGGUUGAUAGAUGGUCUUCUGGACAGCAUGUGGGUAGUUUUAAGCCACUCGGCGGCGGCUGAAAAAUCCCAGCUUGGUGGCACCGGUCGGGGAUUGAACUCGCGUCCUCCUGAACGCGGGGCCGUCUUGCUAUCCGUUCAGCCAAAGAGUUCUUGGAAGGCAUGUGGCGUGCAAGAUGUAGGGAAUGAUAUCUUGCCCCGAGAACAUUGACUUCCCGCAUGUUUUUUGUUUUCUUUUCACUUGAGCUGCCGCUACAAAGGCCUGGCUGGGGAGAAAUCCCGAGCCACCUGUGAUAUCAAGAUCAAGAUCCCUUGUUGGCUCUUUCUAAAACCCGCACUCAGGUCAGCACAGCAGUGACGUGACCUCCAGUGAGCCGUGCAUCCCUGCAGAAGGCGCCACAGGACACCACCGCGGCGAGGAACCAUCACAGCCACCAGCGGCAUGGAGGCUGCAGUGAAGGGGGGCGACAACCCCAAGGAAUGUCCCGUGUGCCUGACAGACUUUGAUGACACAGUGCAGCGGCCGCGCACUCUGCCCUGUGGCCACACCGUCUGCACACCGUGCAUAGGUAAGCUGGAGGAGGAGAGCCGUGUUACCUGCCCACAGUGCCGUGUUAGCCAUGAUGUGCCUGAGGGUGGAGAAUUCCCUGUCUCCUAUAUUGCUGAGGCCCUUAUAAGAAUGAUGAAAGAUGCCAAGGUGACUGCAGCAGCCUCACUGCCACCCAGUGCCAGGAAAGGGAAAGGAGCAGCAAGGGCAGCUGGCAAGAAGAAAGUGCCGGGUCUCUCCAAGAAAAUGUGUUCCUUUCUGGAGGAACAGGAGGCCACAGUUAUGGACGCCAUUGCUACCUGCCGGGAGGUUGAGUCACAGCUGCACCAGUACAAGAGGACCCUGACAGGCUGGGGCGAGCAGCAGCAGCAGCUGGAGAGCAGGCUCCAGGGACUGGUGGACCAGAGCAAGAGUGCCAGGGAGAUUGUGGAGCUGGAAAAGUCCCGAGUGACAGCCACGGAGGGGAAGGUGAAGAAGGGGAGGCAGGAGUUGCAGGCUGUGCUGGAGACAUUACGUGCCCCAGCAACAGAUCAAGAAGCAGGCUUGGCGGUGGCUGAAACAGUGCGUUGCCUUGGCGAGACGGAACAGGUGGUGGAGGAGUGCCAAGAGGGUUUCCCUGAUGCCAGUGCUGUUGCUGCUGUUUGUAAGGUGAAAAUGGCAUCUAGUGCAGCCCUGGGUGUUGCCAAGGCUGUCCAUAUGACCUUGGAAGUUACUAAAGAAGAACUGCUGCCUCAGUCAAACCCAGAAGAGGCCAAGGCCCAGUCAGACCCAGAAGAGGCCAGGCCCCAGUCAGACCCAGAAGAGGCCAGGGCCCAGUCAGACCCAGAGUCCACUAUCAUGGACAGACUGCAGCUCAUUUUGACGCUGAGCUUGAAGGCCGAGGACCUCCGUAGCCUGACACAGCCCGCCAGGAGCCUCUUGCAGGCUGGCCUGGUGUUUGCUGUCCACCAGGUGGAAGGUCAGCGCCGACACGCGAGAAUAAGCCUUGAAGCCGGCCGGCUGUACCUCUACGCCCUGAAGGAGCAGCCCCUGCCCCUGGGCGCAUCAACCCUGCAGGUGAGUGAGGUCGUGCCGCCCUCCCCCCCCUGCACUGUGUUCCUGGACCUGUCCUGGCCAGGCAGGGCGACACGACGGGUCAAAAUCCAUCUGAGCCCUGACACCCCGUGGGGCAGACAGUUUUUGUUGCUGUGCUCAGGGCAGCGCGGUCCUUCCUACCGCAACACCAACUUGCUAUGGGUGGUGAGGAAGGGGCGGCUGGGAGAGUCUGUGAUUGCUGGGGACUAUGAAAGCAAUGAUGGGAAGGGGACAUCCAGGCUGCUGUCUGACCUUGAUAAGGGUGAGUACCGGAGGUCAGGCCGGCUGGGUGAUGUGUGUGGGCUGAGGUGGAGUGGCCAUAACCGGUGUGCGCGUGGUCUGUUUGGCAUCUUCACCAAGAACAGGCAGGAAAAUGAUAUGUCGGGUCUUGUCUUUGGUGAGGUGGUGGAGGGACUGCCCGUGGUGGUUGAGGCAGCCAAAUACAGCAACAUUAGGAAGGUGACUGUGGUGGACUGUGGUGUGGUGUUGUGAAGAUAAUGCCCUGCACCACCACUAUCACCACCAUCACCACAUCAUCACCAUCAUCACUAUCACUACAACCACAACAACAUUAUAAAGGUGACUGGUGUUUUUUUACUAUUCUUUAUUUUUUUUUUUUAUAUUUAGUAACAUCCAGCAUAACCUUGUGUGCCUAACAUUAAUACCUGAUGCAAUGUAUUGUUCAGUUUCUCGCUGCAUUCUUGUGCCAUCAGCGCAGUGUUUCAUGCUGUCCACCGGCCUUCCCUUCACUUACUUUUGUUAACUUGUUCCAUGAUUUCCAUGUUUGUAAUUACAGGGACGUCUUGUUUUACGCGAGUUUAAACUACGCAAAUUUGGUUUAACGUGAUGUAUUUAUUAUUUAUAGAUAAAAAUUGGUCUUGGAACCAUCUGAUGAAAUCAAGGAAAUGUAUUGAAACAAUAAUUUUAUGUUUUCCUGUAAGUCAUUCCCUAAUAAAUGUCUGUGAUCAGUCUGUGA